UACUCUCAGCAGGCUAGGUUGCCUCGGACAGUACCUUCUGUAAAAGAAAUCCGCAAGCCGAAUCAAAAGGGGCUUACCAAAUCAGCCUGAUAUUGAAGAAACGUGAAGGCAUCUACGGUUGUUACCAAAGUUGGCCUUCAAGGCACUUAUUUGUCGUGAACCACAGCCAAGUAGCGACGUCCACAAGCCACAUCGGAAGAGGUUUUCUGAAUUACCCUGAUAGAAGAAACGUACUGUCAUCUACGGUUUUUACAAAACCUUAUCGUCAAGGCUCAAGCCCAAAAGAUCCCGACUAUGACGUACGAUCCGCAUAAGGGUAUGUCAACCGGAAUGCUCGAGUACUACCUUGGCAUUACUCGUAAAAACGGAUAUCAUUGCGUCUUACCGUAUGGCAUAAAGUUCGAAAAAUACGGCACUUUCAUGAAAGGCAAGGUUACACCGCCCUUGUAUAAUGGCUUGACAUUUCGGGUGUUCUUUUACAUUCAACAAGGGAGAACGACCUCAGAGGUUAUACUUGCCUUGAAUUCACCAGACUCACAAGUAUUUUACACAGCAAGUGCAGUAGGCAAAGGAACUGGAACGUGCGACGGAUAUACCGCCAAUGGCGUCCAUAUCUUUUGCUAUAUGUUCGCUGAUUAUGACGCAGGCGACUAUUUGUCCGUAGGCAUUCAAGUAGAGGGCGCAGGUAAUAUCCUCAAGGGAUCUCUGAACGGCAGUUAUGGCAAGAAAUAUACUAUGGCCAAGAUUUCUGAUAUUAAAACAUGGUAUUUCAAAAUUGUUCCUAACAACAACAUCGCGACAUCCAUCCAUGUAUACGAUGAGCCGGGAAAAGAUUUUCCAACUGAUGGCCUCGGUAGUGAAUAUUUUCUAGAAUCUAUCAACCUUUCUGUCGGAUCAUACGGCAUUUUUCAUGUGUUAUACGGGGCCGGCAGCGGAGAACUCACAAUUGCAUUCAAUGAUGAAUACAGCAAAAAGAGCCACUAUUACGCAUCCACAGGGUUGUCCCCGGGAGAUCUGUUCACAGUAUAUAUUCGCAACACGCCUACUGGUUGGCUUCUGCACCCAAGUUUUCAGGCAACAGCGGAUCUCGUACAGCGUGACAAGUAUCACGAUCUCAUCUCACCUAUAUUUACCCCUGCAAGCAUCAUAAGGACGUACUUGGAAUCUGGCAAGUAGACCUAAUUGCUGCCAUCGCAGGAGUAAACGGAUACUGCUCAAUUAUUAUUCAGGCUUGUUUCCUUCAGGUUCUUAUUUAUAAAGCCCCGUCGCCCACUCCACCAUCUGAAGUAGUUCUUUAGCUGAAUGAGUGAUAACGUUAUGCAACAGGAUUGUGAAAAGUGUGAAGACGAAUCUUAAAUCAUUUGAACACGCCAUCUAAUGACUCAUUGCAUCCAACCACAAAUCCAAUAACAGCCAAAUAAAGUGAGCAUUUUUUUUUAUUCCAA